AUGGAACAAGCCGCUAGAGAUCUUGCUUCUCAUCUGCGACAGCAGCAGCCCGAUCUAGAGGAUAUUGCGUACACGCUCAAUAUGCGCCGAACCAUCCAUAACAAAAUCUCGCUCAUCCCAGCAGUCGGGCUUGAGAACUUGUGCUCCAGACUUGACCAGCUGGCCUCCCACCAGGCAACCAAGGAAAUUUUGACACUCCAGUGGCGAUCGGGCAGUUCCCCUAAAACGGCCUUCCUGUUUUCUGGUCAAGGUGGCCAAUGGCUCGGAAUGGGGAUGGCCCUUGCAGAACAAGAACCUGUGUUCCGAGAGUCCCUAGCUGCCUUUGAUGAUAUUUUCAUCGCACAAGGAGGAUUUUCGAUCCGUGCAGAGAUUUCACCUCGCGGUGAUGACCCGGCACGGCUCAACAAUACCACUAUAGUUCAGCCAGCCAUUGCAGCCAUUCAGAUUGCCUUGGCGAGAAUGCUGAUUUCGUAUGGCGUUGCACCAGAUGCCAUCGUGGGCCACUCCAUUGGCGAAGUGGCAGCUGCCCAUAUCGCCGGUGCACUGAGUCUCGAGGAAGCCGUCAAAGUGAUUUAUUUUCGGUCACAGAUCCAGAGCCAAGCAGCAGGCGUCGGGGCUAUGUUAGCCACUGGUAUCUCCUCUAAGGAAGCGGAGCAAAUGAUUCAACGACGCCAGAUGGGGGGUAUUGUGGAAAUUGCAGCUUUUAAUGGCCCUAAUAUGACAACACUCACUGGAAGUACAACGGAACUGGAGCAACUUGCCAGCGAGCUCGAGGCUCGUGGUGCUUUUGCUCGAUUCGUCAAGGUGGAUGUACCCUAUCACAGCCGCUUCAUGGAUCCCCUUGAAAAUGACCUCAUCGCAGCCCUAUCGUCGGUUCAAGGAAAACAGACCGAUGUCAUCCUUUACUCCACUGUCACCACGUUGAUCGAAUCAGGAACCCAUUUGACCGGCAAGUACUGGUUCGAGAACGUGCGUAAGCCAGUUCGUUUCUUUGAAACUGCAGCAAGAAUGCUAGAAGACGGCUGCAAUUUUCUAGUCGAAAUCGGACCACACCCUGUCUUGAUCUCUGGAACCCGUGAAAUUGCCGAAUCUACCAGGUGGCCGGUUCAUAUCCUUCCAGCUAUGGUUCGGGGCAGUGAAACCGAGCCCGUCUCAUGUCUCAUUGGAGCCGCAUAUACUAUCGGUGCGGGUGCGGAUCUUCAGUUGUUCAAUGGUGGGGAGGGCGUUUCAUAG